UUACGAACAUAAAACUAACUAUUACUGGUUUAUAAUGGUUUUAUAAAGAAAAAUUUUAUCAUAAAAGCAAAUUUUUAAAAUUUCUGGUGCAUUAAUCACGAAAAGUUAUUAAAUCGUUGUAUAUAUUUUGUGACAUAGCGCUGAAUUUGUGUUAAACAGUGUGAAAACUAACAACCAAAUUGAAUUUUUAACGAGGAGACGACGAAUUUUAAGCGAAUAACGCAACAAAGAGCAGGAGAGUUUCAAAUAUAAACAGAAAAGUGUGUGAGAAGAAAAACAACAACUGAAACGAUAGAAAGUAAAAACGCGCACCGAAAUCGUGAUAGACAAGCUAGAGAUAGAGCAAGGAUACGCGGAGUGCGUGUGUACAGAGAAUAAAAGCAGCCGCCGACCACAGACUGCAAACUGCCGAUUGCCAACCACUACGCGACACCGUACGUCCAUAAGUAGCUGCUGCUUGUUUUUUGGUCACAGAAGGUGAAGAGCACAACUCUGACACUUGUCAGUUGCAUUGGAAUUUCGUGCAACGCAUUCGAGCAGCAGCGUCAGUCAGUCAACCGCAGCGGCAGUAUUUGUAGCUGUAGCUGUAGCAGGCGUCGUCGUUGCUGAGAAGAUGACGUUUUAUCGGCGGUCAAUAGGCGUAGUGUAGCAACUAUUUGUAAACCGAUUUAUAAAUAGAAGACGACGACGACCACGAUAACAACAACAACCACAAGCAUAAGCACGACAACGUAUAGAAUUCACCAAAAACGCAAAACGAGCAAUUUGAUUUUGUGUUUUUGUUUAUUUUUGUGUGAAAUUUUGCUAAAUUAAAAAAAAAACUACUAAAAUUAAAGCAGUGCAAAGCCAAAGCACAACCAGCAAGCAGUCAGUGUGGUUGCAAAGAAAUAGACAGUGAGACAGUUUUUGGCGCGUCAUUACACGCAUUAGUAGCGCCAGUGCAGCAGCAACAGCAACAAGCAAGCAAGCAAAAGAGUGACAGUCACAGUCGACCAGAAAUAUAUCCAGCGCAACACAGCCUCUGGCUUCAACACUGGCGUUCAAAAUUUGCCUUUGUUGUUAUCGUUGUGCGUACGUGUGCAACGUGUGUGUGUGUGCGGUGAUGCUGUUGCAACCAUAAUUCGCGCAUGCAGCAUUUUAACACUAAAAUAGAAUAUAGAAAUUUUUGUUUCGGUAAAGAAAUUGCAUUGAAAUAAUAUACUAGCAGUGGAAGUUUAUAAAUUUCGAAUUCUUACGGCUAAGACACAAGAUGAAGCGACGCAAUGCCGACUGCGGCAAACUACGACGACCAAUAAAACGUAAUAAAAUUACAGAGGGCAUGUACGGCAGCACAACUGUUCUGUACAUGAAAUUCCUUAUACUUUGGGCCAUUGUGAUAACCGCCGAUUUUAUGUUUAUGUUUCGUUUUGAAUUUUUAUGGCCUUUUUGGCUACUUUUACGAUCGGUGCAUGACUCAUUUAAAUUUAAAGGAUUGGCAUUUUCUGUGUUAUUUGUAUGCAUUGCAAUAACAUCCGAUUUAGUGUGUUUAUUUUUUAUACCAGUGCACUGGUUGCUAUUCGCAGCAAGCACUUACGUCUGGGUGCAAUAUGUAUGGCAUACAGACAAAGGCAUAUGCUUGCCUACAAUAAUACUUUGGAUGCUGUUCGUCUACUUGGAAGCGGGCAUCAGAUGGAAGGACGCACGACAUAUGCCACAUUUGGAUUUGUGUCGACCCUUCGCAGCGCAUUGCAUUGGCUAUCCAGUGGUGACAAUGGGUUUCGGCUUUAAAAGUUACAUUGGCUAUCGCAUACGACAGCGUCGACAACGCGAAGUGGCGAAAGAGAAUGAAUUUUAUAUGCAACUAUUGCAACAAGCCCUGCCACCAGAGGAGACAACAGACGAUCCAGCGAUGCAACAGCUGCCGGCUGUAGCUGGUGCUACCGCUGUGCCGGCGGUAACCGCUGGCCCCAGCAGUGCGAGCAGUAUAUUUGCAGCGCCGUCAAAUAAUAGUGCACAAACACCAGCAACAACAACUUCCCAUGCGUCAGCGGUGACGGCGGCAAUUAGCGCAUUUAAUGCAUCGAAUAGUUCCGCCAUAACCAGUGUAACGACAUCGGCUGCAUGCAGUGCGCUCGCCACUGCGAAUGGCCUACUAGCAUCGGCGGCAGCUGCGGCGACAGCGGCCGCAUCAGCAGCAGCGGCGGCGGCCGCAGCAGCGACGUGUAGUAGUAGUAGCAGCCACAACAGCAGCAGUAUGAGUAGUUUACAAGCACAAAAUCAUCAGCAUCAUCAACAACAACAAAAUCAUUAUCAUCAGCAACAGCAAUCGCCGUCGGCGCAGCAAAAUCACCAGCAUAGUAAUCACAAUCAAACGACGUCGUCCGGCGCAUCGCCGUCGUCGCCGUCUGCAGCGUCGCAGCACGAUCAUCACAACAACCACAGUAAUGCGCAUCAUAGCAGUGUUGUAGUUGGUGGUGGCGGCGGUAGUGGUGGCAAUUAUAAUAUAAGCAGUUUAUUGACAAAUGUAGCAGGCACAUCGGCGUCGGGCGGUAGUGCCAUAGCUGCAACGCAGGCUGAUGAUAAGAAUUACUUACAAAUCAGCAGUGGCAGUGGUGCUACCAUUGCUACAACAACAACAACCACAUCAGCAUCAGCAGCGUCUCUAUCUACUAACAGCAAUAGCUCGGGCUCUAAUGCUGGCUUUGGUGGUGGUGGUGGUAGUGGUGCAACUUCCAAUGGUCACAUUGGUGGUAAAGGCCACCGUCGCAGCGCGGAUAAGGAGAAUAGGAAUAAAGGCGGCGGCGGUGGCAGUGGCGGUGGCGCUGAUGUGGAUGCCAAACAUAAUAAACAAAACAACAACAGCAGUUUCCAAGCUGUCGACACCAGUCAUAACAGCAGCAGUAACAUCUCGAUGAAAGAUCGCAGCGAUUGUGAGGUGUCAGCGAAUAGUAACAGUACAACACCGCAACAACAAACGAAAGAGAAAAGUGAUGACCAACGCACGUCGUCGAAAAAAUCCAAUACACAAAGCGCUUCCGGUGCGACGUCGCCGGCGGCAGCGAAUGGCAAUGUGCUGCAAUUUGAAGCCGAUGAUGUUGUAGCUGUGGAGCCGGUCGAACGUACUAAAGGUCGUCGCAAUCGUGCGCGCAAAGAUAAUGCUUCCAAGGACAAUCAUCACAACACUUCUUCGCAUAAUACCAGCAACAAUGCGGCGAACAACCCCAAUACACACUCGCACAAUCACCAUCAACAGAACAGCACCACCAACAACAACAACAAUAGCGCUGGCAAUAGCAAAGAUGCCGCUGCCAACACUCAAACCCAUAACAGUAACAAUUCGGACGCCUCAUCGGUGUCCUCAUCCACCUCAUCGGCCAGUUCGGCCUCGUCAUCGUCAGCGUCGUCCGUUGCAUCUGCUUCGGUCUCGUCCACCAUCUCGCAAAUAGCCACGAAAAUGGUCUCAAAAGUCUGUGAAACAUGUCUCAAACUGGAGGCGGACGUUAAAAAGUUCCGCGCCGAGUUAAGUCACAUGAAGCAAAUCGAAAAUGAACUGCGUCAGAAGCUCGAGUCGAAUUUGACUACGAAAUCCUGUUUGCAGGCCAAACAGAAGGAGUGCGACGAGCUGGAGAAACGCAUACAGGAGCUAACGAAUGGUCGGCAUGCUGAUAUGCUGCAACUGCAGACGAUCGAACGGCGUUUGGCCGAGGAACGCCGGCAGAAGCAAUCGUUGGACGCACAAUUGAAUAAUGAGAAGAAAGCCCGUAAAAUUGCCGAAGAGAAGGCCGCACGGCCGGAAUGCAGUGCGCAGUGUAAGCAGCGCAAGCAGCAAAUGGAUGAGGAGAUCAAGCAGCUGCGGCGUGAACUGAAAGCGACUGAGGAGGCGAAACAGUUGGCCGAGCAGCAUGGACGCAAGUGGGAGCAAGAGUUACGCAUGUUCGAGGCUGAGAUACGUAAUCGUAAUUCGGCGCAACCGGACGCCGAGAUGCUGAUGAACGCGUUGGCCGCGAUGCAGGACAAAAACUGUACACUCGAAAAGAAUCUUUCAGCCGAGACGAGAGUUAAGCUGGACUUAUUCUCAGCUCUGGGUGACGCCAAGCGCCAACUGGAGAUAUCGGACACUCGUCGUCGUGCCAAGGAGGAUGAAGUGCUCGACUUGAAGGCGAAAAUCGCGCAAUUACUUUGCGUCAUGCCGACAGAUCAGCUCUUGCCCGCCUGCGGCUCAGCCAGCGGCAGUUCGAUGUUGCGUAUGAACGAUACGCCACCGUUGCAAACCGGUCCCGGCCCAGCUUCGCCCAUGUUGAGCAGCCUAAGCGCGGCAGCAGCGGCCCAACAAGCUGCAGCGGCUGCGGCGGCGGCGGCAGUAGUGGCUGGGCAUCCACUAUCGGCACGUGUUGGUCCACCGAAUUCCGUUGCCGAUUAUGGUGUGCAGCAAUCGCCGCCCGACUAUGUAACGGCACAACAUCAGCAUCAGCACCAACAUCAAUUGCAACAUACACACCAUCAGCAACAGCAGCAGCAUCAUCAGCAGCAUCAACAACAACUGCAUCAGCAGCAGCAGCAGCAGCAGCAACAUCAGCAACAACAAAUGCAUCAACAACAGCAACAACAUCAUCAGCAUCAGCAUCAGCAUCAGCAGCUCCAACAACAUCAGCAGCACCAGCAACAACAACAUCAGCAGCAUCAACAACAACAGCUUCAGCAGCAACAACAACAGCAGCAGCAACAGCAAGUGCCCGUAUCGGUGGGCACGCCGGUAUUUGUAUCGGCGUCAUCGCCGGGCGCUAGCAUCAAUAGCGGUUCCAGCCUCGACCCAAAUGCGUCCGUGUACACGCCCAAAGGUGGGCCGGGUGCACCGGGCGGCGCCGGAGUGGUUGGUGUGCCUGUGGGCGGCGGUGCCGGUGAUGCCUGACAACAUCCUGCAUCUGUGGGCGUCGUUAGCCACCUGAUGCGACGUAACGUUUGAGAUUGAGAUUAUUAUUUAAGUUAUUGAUACAUCCUCAACAGACACUGCAACAAAAACAACCGCAACAACAAUUACAAUUAAUAUGAAUACAAAAAAAAAACUAUUUGCAAAAUAUUUGAACAGCAAGCAAAGCGUAUGCUCGUGUUGACAGCUAGCGAGUUGCUGCUGAAUGUGAGACUCGAAUGGGUCGAUUGGAUGGAUGUGGGUGUUCACCUCAGCUUGCUAGUCAAAUGGCAACGCUCAGUGCAGAUACAAACCAACAGAUGUGAAAUAUUGAUAAAUACAAAAUAAAAAAAACAAUUAUUAACAAAGCAAAGGAUAACAAAUAUCUACAACAAAAUAAGAACAACCAACAUGAACAUGGACAUAAAAAAAUGCAAAUGAACAUGAUAUUAUCUUAUUGAAAAAGAAAAAAAACAUAAAACAACAACAAGAAAAAACAAAAAGAACACAAAUUAAAAAGAAAAAUGAAAGCAAGACUCGACUGCCUUUGAUUACAGCCUAUGUUUAAGUGGGCAGCUUGCCGUUAGCCGUAUAGAAUUGUUUUCUGUAAAUUUCAACUAAGUUGCCUAAUAAGAUUUUUUAUUUUUUAUUUGA